AUGUCUGUCCUUCUGGAAAACCUAUUAGUAUCCCAUGGUGCCGUCAUCAGAAGUCACCUCUGGAAUACUGUGGAGCUUGUGGAGCGUUUGGUGUUGGGAAGCAACGAAAUGAGAAAGGAUGUGGACAAGAGACCAAGUCUGAACAGGGACGAUGGCACUGCUCUAGUGUGCCUGGAAGGCCCGGCGCGCGGCGCGCCCUGGACUGCGGAGCCCGCCGCCUUCUACGAGCCCGGCCGCGCGGGGAAGCUGGGUCGCGGAGCCGAGCCGGCCGCGCCCGCCAUGUACGACGACGAGAGCGCUAUCGACUUCAGCGCCUACAUCGACUCCAUGGCCGCCGUGCCCACCCUGGAGCUGUGCCACGAUGAGCUCUUCGCCGACCUCUUCAACAGCAACCACAAGGCGGGCGCCCUGGAGCUGCUGCCCGGGGGCCCCGCGCGCCCCGCGGGCCCCGGCCCCGCGCCGCGACCGCUCAAGCGCGAGCCCGACUGGGGCGACGGCGACGCGCGCAGCCCCGAGUACCGGCAGCGGCGGGAGCGCAACAACAUCGCCGUGCGCAAGAGCCGCGACAAGGCUAAGCGGCGCAACCAGGAGAUGCAACAGAAGCUGGUGGAGCUUUCGGCCGAGAACGAGAAGCUACAGCAGCGCGUGGAGCAGCUCACGCGGGACCUGGCCGGCCUGCGGCGCUUCUUCAAGCAGCUGCCCGGCGCGCCCUUCUUGCCCGGCGCGGGGGCGGCGGACGCGCGGUGA